AUGAAGUUUCUGUUGCUGAGUAUGGGUGUGGCCCUAGUCUGUGGCUUCCAACCUGAGUAUAGCAGAUCACAGGAAGACCUGUCAGAUGAAAAGGAACAAAAAUGGCUUUCUGGUCACUGGCACCUUGUUGGAUUGGCUUCAAGUGACACAUCUCUGAUUGAGGUGGAAGGUCCUUUUAGGAAUUUUAUCCAAAAUAUCACUGUAGAGAAUGGCAACCUGAAUGGACGCUUUUUGACUAGGAAAAAUGGUCGAUGCAUUCAAUUAUCUCUUAUUGCUCUCAAGACUAAGGAAGCACAUCAUUUUAAGUUGAACUAUUAUGGAAUUAAUGAUAUCUAUUAUGAAAGCUCUAAGACAAAUGAAUAUGCUAGAUUCAUCUUGUAUAACCAUCACAAUGGGAAAGUGAAUGUUGUGGCAAAUCUCUUUGGCCGAACUCCAAAUCUGAGCAAUGAAAUCAAGAAGAAAUUUGAGGAAGAUUUUUUAAGCAGAGGAUAUAGGAAGGAAAACAUUUUAGAUGUUUCUGAACUUGGAUGA